AAUGAACAAAGAGAGGAUUUACACGUUAGCGCUCAAACUCGCCCUCAACCCCUUAGCGACACGAUCGGAUAUCGACUAUUUAGUAGACACACAUACCCGUUGCUCGCAGAUGCAGAGUGAUCUAGAUGCCUAUCGAAGGCAGCUUAAAAACAGGGAUACAUUAUUUCACAUGAACGAGCUAGAUUUUCAGAAGCAUUUACUCAAGCGUUUGGGAUACUGCUCGGAGGAUGAGGCGAUGACACGCAAAGGUCGCAUCGCAUGCAAAAUAUUCACAGGAGAUGAACUCCUUCUGACCGAAUUGCUUCUGGAUGGAGUAUUCAAUGGUCUCACACCUGUGCAAAUUGCCAGUGUACUGUCGUGCUCUGUGGUGGAGCGAUCAGUAAUCAAACAGCAUAUCACACCUGUGGGCUCCGAUCUGGAACGGGUACUACAGACCGUUCAUGCCAAAGCACGAUACCUAGCACGCGCAGCCGCCGAAAGCCGCGCAAGCUGUCCGCGUUCUCUAGCAGUAGAGUCAGAUGGAAUCAAGAAUUUGAAUGCAACUCAGUCUGGCUAUAUGAACUAUUGCACCGGAAGGUUGGCAAAUGAACAAACCUACGUGGGUCGGUUCUCAGGAGAACUCAUGGAGGUCGUGCGGAGGUGGGCUGAAAAAUCCAGCUUCGCUGAACUGUGUGAGAUCACCUCGGCUUACGAAGGCGGUUUGAUUCGUUGCAUGCGACGCUUGAACGAGCUACUGCGCGAAAUGUCCGCUGCAGCCAGUGUGGCAGGUGACACAAAACUAGAAAGAAAGUUCAUGAAAGCCUCCAAACUCAUUUACCGGGAUAUCGUCGCUGCAACGAGUCUUUAUUGGUGGCAUGAACACACGGUCUGAGGGCAGCACAGAAUCCGGACAAUUAACAAUUAUCUUUCUACCAUGAGAAAUCAGACACUUCUCCCCAGUCUACUUUCCCGCGAUUACUUUUUGCCAAUCUGAAUCUAUCGAUAGCCAAGAUUACAUUCGCUAGUUUGCCCUUUUCUCUAACUGCGGAGGGUUGAUAUGAAGAAGCAAGUGUGCCGAUCAACGCAUUGACCUAAA